CUUACAUCAGGCAAGCGCAAGCGGUUGUGUGAAUAUGAUUCACGAAUGGUACUACGUGUGAAACCCGACAUCUACUGAUGUUAGAGUUUUAAGAAUUCCUACAUCUAAAACCACUGGCAUCUACAUCUACUAUCUUUUCUCGCCAGUCCGUCGACCUAGGAACAGUGAAUAAAGAAGAACGACACGACAGAACCCAUGGCGCCCGUUUUCGGAGCAGGAGGAGAGGCAGGCUCUUGGGCGAUGCUCACGGAGGCUGAUCUUCAGUUAGAUCUGGAGGAAUUGUCUGCUAUCUCAGCAUCAGGACUUGACGACCUGCCCUCAUCUGAUUCACCAACAUCUUCAAAGGAGAAUCAGGCUGAAUUGGAGCGUAGACGAGCCGGCGCAGCUGUCGCCUAUGUAGCUGAAAAAGGCAUAAAGGAAGCAAAAGAGAGGGUAGGACGAUCCUUGUUUCGACAAGACGCAGUGUGGCUCUACUUGGCACAGAAACUGUUGGGAGCUAUGCGAGCUUCUAGUAGUAGUACCUCAUCAACAAAGAAGGAAAAUGAAGAUCAGGACGUUGCUGAACCUGAAAGGCAAACCAUCAUUGAAAAGCUAGCUCAGCAAGUACUCGCGACCGAAUCAUUACCGAUGCCCCAAGGAGAUGAAAGCGAACUGUGGUCUUUUUCAAAUGCAGCAUCAGGAGAAGGGUCUUCACCUCAGGAUGAUGACGGUUGGAUGGAUGACGAUUUUAACGGUGGACUAGGAGGUGACCAUGAUGGAAUGGUGGGAAGUACUUCAUCAAAGGGUUUUCUAGAUUGGUUUGCGAAAGCUAGUCGUGGACAGCGAGUAUUCCGACUAGAUGCCAGAACCCCAGCUGUCAAGAACCAAAUGGCUGCGACGCUGAGUGGUCAGACUAGUUUCUCCAACGAGAAACUGUGGUAUCCGAUAACGAAAGUAGAGGGUGAUGGAGUUUAUCCAACCACUUCUGCCCAAGCAAGAGACGUCGAAGCGCCAACAAGUUCAUCGGGUACAUCUUCUAGUGCUGAAAAUCGACAUAGCGAUGGCAUCGAAAACGUACAAGUUGAUGAGCAAACCCAACAAAUCUGCAAGCAACUAGGAGCUAGCGACAAACAAAACCAGAAGGAUUUGCAAAGAGACACUUUGCAGGUGAAUGGACGAACUUUUUGCAGUGCGCAGUACGCAAAAAUCGUAGAUUUUGUCAAGUCCGAAAUCUUAUUGGCUGAACAAGUAGGAGUAUCUCAGACUGGUGGAGGAGCAACUUCAUCAUAUUCUUCUCUUCGACUCGCAAAUCACGUACUUCCAGGACCCCAAGCAGCGGGUACUAGUAUCGAUGCUUCCACUCUUGUCGCGAAGCAACUGCUGAGUCGUGUGAACCGCACUUACAGUGGUGGGCUCGCUUUCGAGCAAGUGCUAGAGCAUUUUGGCCAAGCAAACGGGGUUUUAGUAGCACCGGACAGCGCUAGCGCGCAACCUCUAGAGCUCUUCUGCGCCAGAAACGUAGCGGUUGGCAGGGCACACACGCGCUACCGACUUCUCCUAGAGGACUUGUCAGAGGGAACGAAGAGUUUAGGAUGGAUUGAUGCACAUUUCGUGUUUGUGGCCAAAUAUGGGAUCAACAUUAGGAAGUCAUCAGAACAAGCAAAAAAUCCUGAAGAAAGCCCAAAUCAGAAGAAACAGGAAGAUGACGAUCCCUGGGGAGACUUUGCCAUGGACGACGACCCACCGCACUGCGUCCAACAUGUAGAUGUGUCUUCGCCCACGCCCGAAAAGAACGCCCAACCCCAAGAAGAAUUCGAAAUAGAAAUAGUACGUGAAACCCUGUACCUUGAAUGUUCAGCACCUGACACGGUCUAAUUUUCUAAACCCCAUUCAUGAUCAUCGCUAUCCUCGCGUAUCAUACUAACUUUCACUCGUUGUAUCCAUGGUUUGAAACAUCAGAAGCGCAA